GGAGGCAGUAUGGUCCCGACGGCCGUGGAGAGGAGUUGCUGUGUUACGCAUCCGCCAAGUUGCAGCAGUCUGGGGUCGCUCGCUCUCUUGCUCUCCCUCACAAUAUCUCUCUCUCUUUCUCCCUGAUUAUUUUUGUGAUUCAUUAUCGCCGAGGCGUUGAUCUACGCUAUUUCGUUUCCUCGGGCAUGAAUUCUAUUUGAUUAAUUAAUAUAAUUACGAAGAUUGCUGAUAAAACAACUAUGUAGUUCUUCAAUAAGUGAGACAAGUUGGAAUGGAGACCGGAUUUAAAGUUGUGAAAACAAUUACUAAUUGCACCGUCCGUGCAUUACAGAGGCGUCAAGGUGCUAAACAGGUUAUAAGCGCAAAAUAGUUACCGCCUUCAAAAGAGAAGACACGAUAAUGACAAGACAAUGAUCCUACAAUGACUCCAUAGUUAGAGAGAGAAGUUUUACGGUAAACUUUCCUACUGACUAUCCAUCACGAAGUUUCCGAACAGAGCCAUGGACUGGUCAAGAGUGACUAUUCGAGUAGACCACAGUAAGGGAGAACAGAAUCUAAGAAUUAUGGAAAAUCGAUGUAUCCGAGUCGUUUCUGCCUCUCCGGAAAGGAAAUAAGGAAAGGUCGGCCCCGAAACCCGUUGAAGCUGCGCAGCUAUCCUGAAAGACAGUGAAUUAUCUUGAAUAAUCGUAAACCAGAUUAAUAGCAAAUUACUGAAGCCGAAGAUAUGCAGUGAACGAAUCAGUAAAAUUUCUGGAUCUCUCUACAACACUUCCAGCGGUUCCAGUAAUCAUUAACAUCGUCAGUAACUAAACUUCAGCUAAAUAACAUCUUUUCAGGAUGAAGCCUAUACGGUGAACCCCAGACGAAUGGAAGAUGUGUGCAGAAGGUUUCAGGUAUAAAACCACCAACUUCAAUCGAAGGUCUUCCUCAUUACCACCAUAAGAAGAAGAAGAAGAACAACAACAACAACAACAAUGAACAUCACCACAGCAGCGCCACUGGUGGCCGUCGCCCUAACUACCAUCAUUUCCCCCAGCCCCUCUCCGACGACUCUCCUCCCUUCGGCGUCGCUCGUGCCGCCCGUCGGCGGCAGCAGCUUCGCAGGGAACGAGUCCUCCGAGUUGCAAGACAACGAGUACCUCGACGAGGACAUUUCAGACCCCUACAAAGCCUUCCUCACCUGCUCCAGGUAUGUGGUUCAGCGGAUCCUGGUCCCGCUGGUUCUGGCGGUCGGGGUGCUGGGGAACGCCAUCACGAUCGUGGUCCUCACCAGGCGGCAGAUGAGGUCCUCCACCAACAAUUACCUGACGGCUUUGGCCAUCUCCGACCUGCUCUACCUGGUCUUCAUCUUCAGCCUCAGCAUCCGCCAUCACCCGGGGAUGAACAGCCCGCAUCACUGGGUCUACUGGCACUACUUCAGAUACGCCCUCUGGCUCACCGAUGCUUCGAGUAGUACGUCAAUUUGGCUCACCGUCACCUUCACCAUCGAGAGAUACAUUGCAGUUUGUCACCCCAUAAAAGGAAAAGUGUUCUGCACGGAGAGUCGGGCCAAGAGAGUCAUAGUGGCAGUGUUCGUCCUCUGUUUCACUCUGACAGCAUCCACACCCCACGAAUGGGUUGUCAUGGAGGUCACUGACCCUUCAACCCAGAGAAAAAUCCUCAACCUGGGCUCCUCCGUCUUGGGGUCACACACUACUUACAGGAAGGUAUUCUACUGGUUCACAGCAGUCAUCUUCAUCCUGCUUCCCCUGGUCCUUCUGGCCGUGUUCAACUCCUUCCUCAUCCACGUCGUGAAGCAGAGCCGGGCACAGCGCAGGAAGAUGACUAACCAGAGGGUGGAGAGGGAUAACCACAGCCAGUCCCAGGAAAACAAGAUCACUAUCAUGCUCAUCGCCGUCGUUCUGUUGGCGCUCUUCUGCCAGCUGCCCGUGGCUGCCAUGUUGCUCUAUCAGUCGUUCUAUGAGUCCGAGCCAAACAGCAUGGCGAGCAAUAUCGAGCUGGGACUGGGCAACAUCUUCAACCUGCUGUCGGCCAUCAACGCGGCCUGCAACUUCGUGCUCUACUGCGCCAUGAGCGACAAGUACCGCAGGACCUUCCUCUGCACUUUCUGCUCCAGGUGGUACCGUCAUCCUUCUCCUCUGCACUCCUGGAUGGCCACCGCCUACAGCAACGUGGAUGACGGGAGCCCUCGCUUCUCCAGGAUGUCGUCCAUGAGGAUGUCACGGAGGUCAUCGCAUAGAAGCAGCGGAUCCGGGAGCCCCAGAGGUAGUCCCACUCACGGUCGCACGCACCCAGCUCACCGGCACCCGGGGCACUACCUAACAGUGCCCAGCCCCUCCCACAACCCUUCACAGUCCACCCCCACCACCACCCUCCUAGUGCCAACAAGCGCUGCCCACCUUCACUCGACUCCCGAAGACGCAGCUGCGACAGUCACAAGCCCACUACUACGGAAGGUCCCACCCUCAGCACAGCAGGGAAACAACCUUCCAGCAGACGAAGGUGUGACGAGCCCCACGGCCGCCGCGGCGUCCCUCUUGAACGGGUCGCCGAACAGCCAGCACUCGCUCGCGUCCUCCUCGGCUCCCCAGCCGAGUCGUCUCAGGCGGCUGGCGCUGAGACUAGCCUCCCUGUGGCGGAGAGGGAGCCGCUCUUCCUCCUCCUCCUCCACCACGACUCAUUUGGCCGGCCAGCACAUCGUCAUCACGUGUCAGCAACCGUCGGUAGAUGAGCAAACCGCCUUGUAAACAAAGAUUGUAAAAUGAUGUAUCGUCAAGAUUGACCGAGAUGCAGUUGUUCGUUGAAGGAGUUCUGUUGGUAGCUUAUUUGUGUGUGUGUGUGUGUUUGUGUGUGCGUGUGUGAGAGAGAGAUAGAGAGAAAAAGGGCCACAAGAAAUCCAGUAAGGUAUUUUUUCGCACCAGUUACUAGUGACGUAAGUGGCUUCAUGGAUUUUGUCUUCACAUUUUGAGGGAAUGGAAGAAGAGAUUUCAUUGCUUCCGUUUCCUUUACGAGUCGUCAAUGUUGCAGUGACAACUGAACCUACCUAGAACAAACAAUAAAGUGUUAUGAAAACUUUCUAAUACAUAUGAACACUAUAAUUACUAAGAUACAGGUGCUGACGAAGCAUUAAGUGAUUUAUUAAGAGAAAAAAAAAGCAGAAUGACAAGAAACAUUUAACGAACACUGGUGAUACAUAGAAACUGUAGCAUUUGUUUCAGUGUGGUGACAAUAGCAAUACAUUUCACAAGAAAAAAUAAUAUAUAUUAUGUGAUACGAAUAUACUAAUUUAUCUUUCUCUUAAGUGUAGAGGUAACAUAUUACCCGAUGUACUUAAACUCAAAUGGAGUCUGAAGAGAAAGAACUUUGAUGUUUUAUGAAGAAAAGGAUGAUAAUUAUUUCUGUUCAUUGUAAUCUGUCCCUAAUGUUAUCGAUAGUUACCUUCCAGUCCCGAAGUGAUUAUGGUAACGAACAAGUUAUUUCGGUUGAGAGUCAACUUUGGAGAAAAUUAUUAUAUUUCUGUCGACAAUUUACUUUUAAAUCCCGAUAAUUUGCAUUUAAUUCACAGAUAAUAUAAGUAUAUAUA